AGCAGCCAAACCGCGUGCAACGGACUGCAACCGUUGACAAUCUUUGCAACCAGAAAGAAUUUUCACGGAAUUAUAAUUGAAAUCGAAAAUGUGCAAACAUGAGUGAAAAGACUUGAAACGUGUUCGCGAAUAAGCUCGUUGUUGUGAGAUUGACCCAAAUGCUAGUUUUCGGUUGUCAUAAUUUUUCCUGCAAGUGAAUACAUCCUAUCAGUCGAAUGAAGAUUAAAAUGAGAAUCAUGAACCGACCAGCUGCUUAUCUCUCCAUUGUUCUGAUUUAUUGCGUACUGUGGGUGGCAUGCUCGUUUCCAAUGGCACUGUCGUGCGAUUCCUGUGGGCGUGAGUGUGCUUCGGCAUGCGGAACGCGACACUUCCGCACGUGCUGCUUCAACUAUCUACGAAAACGGAGUUACACCGCACCGAUAAGCACUACUCCUGUUCCGUCCGUUAUCAACGUACGAAGCGGUGGAGGGAACCUGGAGCAGUGGCUCUCGAAGACUCACUUGGGACAGGAUGAACACCCGCCAAACAGACACCACCACCCGCUACCGUCGGUUAUUGAUCUGGAUGCACUUUUCGGCUCCAGCAGAAACUCCUUGGAAAACGAUAUGGACUACGAAGGGCGAGAUGGCAUUGGAAGCACUAGUCGUGAGGUAGACAGCAGUGGCAAACGGAACUCGAUAGUGGCGAGUCACACCAACAGGCUCAUCGGGAGAUUCCGCCACCACCAGCUGGACGACGAUCGGGAUUCCGAUCAGCUGAGAUCCGUGAGUGGAGAAUCGGACCCGGCGAGGCUUCAACUGUUGUACGAAAAAUAAUUCCUGGUCAACUAAUUCAGUGAUAUCUUGCUUGAUUGUUGACGCGAACGUUGCGAUUGACUCCAAAGGCUGGGUUGAGUCAAACGCAACGGUCGGCAGAAUCUUUGCAAGGACCGAACAGUAGUACAUAAUGACUUUGAACAAAUCCAAUAAUAUACAGAAUUUCUCCACGAUUAUGUAGAAGACUUUAUCAAAGAGAAACGCAACCGGUUUCCAAUCAGCCAACGGUAAGAAAACUAUUCAAUUAACAUGAAACAGCAUCAAAGAUUAUAGCUGCGUAUAAUAGAUCUCUGAAAAAAAGUUGUUCUAUUGUUUUAAUAAUAUUAUAAUGUAUAAAAUAAAAAAAUAUUACUAUUUUUACCAGA